ACGUUGUCCAGGCAAACUGUAGCGCUGUAGACGCAGCGGAGGUGACAUCACACGCUGACAGGCAGUCACACAGAGGCCAGCCUAGAGUCCCUCAGUGGAGGGUGGGCAACAUUGGUCCAUGGUGGGCAGUUUGGAAUGACAGCUCGUUAGGUGGAAGGUGGAGGCGCCGUUGGAGAACUAUUAGAGGUUUCUACUACGGUAUUACUGCGUCGGUACGGACGGUGUUCGUGCAGCUGGUAACAGCUGUUCGUGUGGUGCAUCGCGAAUAUCACCGAGCGAAGCUGAAUUUAGGAAACAGACACAGUUGCGUAUUUUAUUCUGCGAGUCCAUGAUGGUGUCACUGCUGGGCUGCAGCGAAACACGGCCGGCCGUUCUCAAACUGUGGGUAACGGUUAUAGCCCAUGACCGAGGGGCGUUUGUUUGGUGUUGUUGAACACACCCUUACAACGGCGCGUCUGUUAUUUCACAGUAAUGUGUGGUAAGAAACGCGUGCACGGGUAAAAUGGGUUGCGUUACGGACUAUCUGAAAAGACUUAAACGCAGGGUAAAAGUGAACCGGGUCAGAGAACUGGGUCGACAGUAUCCAGUCUUCUGCUUUCUCCUGCUAGUCCUGCUGCUCUCCACUGUGCUUCUGAACAGGUACAUCCACAUCAUUAUUGUGUUUUGGUCCUUCUUGGCUGGAGUUGUCACUUUCUACUGCUCUCUGGGGCCGGAAUCAUUGCUGCCAAACAUCUUGGUCUCUAUCAGACCAAAAAUCAAGUCAUACCAGCAGGAGCUGUUUCCACUGGGGCACAGCUGUGCUGUCUGUGGUAAAAUCAAGUGCAAAAGGCACAGACCGACUUUACUACUUGAGAAUUAUCAGCCAUGGCUUGACCUAAAGAUUCCUUCAAAAGUGGAUGUCUCUCUUUCAGAGAUUCUGGAGCUUGUUCUAGAAAAUUUUGUGUAUCCCUGGUACAGAGACAUCACAGAUGAUGAAGGGUUUGUUGAUGAGCUAAGAAUCACUUUGCGUUUUUUUGCUGCUGUGCUUGUCCGGCGAACCCAAAAGGUGGAUGUGGCAUCAAUGAUCACAAAAAAGCUUCUUAAAGUUUCCAUGAAGCACAUUGAGAUAAUCAGCAAAGCCAGACAGAAAGUGAAGAACACAGAGUUUCUUCAACAGGCUGCUCUGGAUGAGUAUGGUGCUGACCUUCAUGUCGCCCUUCGCAGUCGCAGGGAUGAGCUCCUGUACCUCAGGAAGCUGACGGAGAUGCUCUUCCCCUACAUCCUGCCCCCAAAGGCUACAGACUGCAGAUCUCUAACUCUCCUCAUAAGAGAAGUCUUGGCUGGUUCUGUCUUCCUUCCUUCAAUGGACUACUUGGCUGAUCCUGACACAGUGAACCAUUUAGUUCUGAUUUUCAUCGACAACUCCCCUCCCGAGGACGCCUCAGAACCGUCUUCAGCACUGGUUCCUUUCCUCCAAAAAUAUGCCGACACUCGCAACAAAAAGUCCUCGGUUCUGAAACUCGAACUGAAAGAAAUCAGAGAACAGCAAGACCUGCUUUUUCGUUUCAUGAACUUUUUGAAGCAAGAAGGAGCCGUGCACGUCCUACAGUUCUGCCUAGCAGUUGAGGAAUUCAACAACAGCAUACUGUGCCCGGAGUUGUCAGACUCCGCCAAGAUGAUGCUCCACGAGGAGGUGAAGAAGAUCUACGAGACCUACUGUUUGGACGAGAGUGUGGACAAGAUCCGCUUUGACCCUUUUAUCGUGGAAGAAAUACGCAACAUUGCAGAAGGCCCAUAUGAGGAAGUGGUGAAACUCCAGACCAUGAGGUGUUUGUUUGAAGCCUACGAGCAUGUCCUGUCCCUCCUGGAGAACGUGUUCACUCCCAUGUUCUGUCACAGCGAUGAGUACUUUCGUCAACUCCUGCGAGGCGCUGAGUCACCAGCCAGGAAUUCCAAGUUGAGCAGAAAUAGCCUCAGUUUGGAUGACAUUCGGAACACAUCGAAGCGGGGCGAGACCUUCGGGAUCAGCCGCAUUGGCAGCAAGAUCAAAGGAGUGUUCAAGAGCACCACUAUGGAAGGAGCCAUGCUGCCGUCCUAUGGCCUGGUGGAGGGAGAGGAUGAUAUGGUGGAGGAGGCCAUGAUGGUGCUGGAGGACGACACCCCCAUGGAGGCAGCCUGUACUCCCAGCACUCCUCGAAACCUCUCAGCCUGGAACAUCACCAUCCCUUACAUUGAUUUCUAUGACGACGACGUGAAGAGGGAGAGGAUUCCUGUUUUCUGUAUCGACGUGGAGCGCAACGACAGGAAGGCAGUGGGACAUGAAACCGAACACUGGUCUGUCUACAGAAGGUACCUGGAGUUCUACGUCCUGGAGUCCAAGCUCACAGAGUUCCAUGGCUCAUUUCCCGACGCACAGCUGCCUUCAAAGAGAAUUAUCGGCCCAAAGAAUUAUGAGUUCCUCCGGUCAAAGCGGGAGGAGUUUCAAGAGUACCUUCAGAAACUCCUGCAGCAUCCAGAGCUGAGCAACAGUCAGCUCCUGGCCGACUUCCUGUCUCCCCACAGCAUGGAGUCUCAGUUUCUAGACAAGAUGCUGCCGGACGUGAACCUGGGCAAAAUCAUUAAGUCGGUUCCAAGCAAACUGAUAAAAGAGAAAGGGCAGCAUUUAGAGCCUUUCAUCCAGUCAUUCUUCAACUCCUGUGAAUCCCCCAAACCCAAACCCAGCCGACCGGAACUGACCAUUCUGAGCCCCACGUCUGAAAAUGAUAAAAAGCUUUUCAACGACGUCUUCAAAAACAACGCUAAUCGAUCGGAAUUGACGGAGAAGAGACACAAUCAGAACUACUUCAUGGAAAUGAUCCAUGUUGAGGGGGUUUAUGACUACUUAAUGUAUGUGGGCCGAGUUGUCUUCCGCAUCCCUGACUGGUUGCACCACCUGCUAAUGGCUGGAAGGAUCCUGCUCAAGAACACUCUGGAGACCUACACAGACUACUACCUGCAGUACAAACUGGACCAGGUGGUCCAGGAGAAUCGCCUCGUCUCCCUCAUCACUCUGCUGAGAGACUCAGUUUUCUGCGAGAGCAGUCCGCCGCGCUCCACUCAAGAAAAGCAGAGGAGAGCAAAGAAAACCUUCGAAGAGAUGAUGAGCUACAUCCCAGCCAUUUGUGUGCAGACCUGCUGGGGAAGUGUAUCGGAGAAGAGGCCAAGUACGAAGGAGUUCGCCUGCUCUUCGAUGGACUGCAACAGCCUGUCCUCAACAAACAGCUCACUUACGUACUGCUGGACAUCACUAUUCAGGAACUUUUCCCCGAGCUGAACAAGCAGGGACAGAAGGAGACCACAUUAAUGGCUCCUUGGAUGUAAAAUGAAUAGCUCAGUGGAGGUGAUGAUCCUAUUAUGCCAAUCAGACACUCAGUUACAUUAUCCUGCUGUAAAAAAAGCUUCUUUUUUUAAAAUAAAUAAAUAAAGAUUAAAAAUUACCUUCUGUUUUCCUUGUUUAAUUAAAUCUAAAUAUAAAAGUAAACACCUGUGUGACUGCUGGAGGUGGGAGUCAAACCUAAUUCUGAAAUCCUAAUUUCUUAGUCACACUGAGGCGCUGAUGAGCACAGUUUUAUUAUUGCUGCUUAAAUUUAAAUAACCAAUGACUUUCUCGUCUCUCGACACAAGUGUUCCCUUAUAGGGAUGGUAAAAUUAUUUCUAAGACUCUCUAAAAAUAAAGAAAAAGGCCUUGGGGUAACGAGAAAAGGUUUUAAGCAGAUGUGGUGACAAACAGAAGUAUCGCGUCGCAGUCUGAGGCCUCGCAUUGUAAUGUUUAUUGCUGCACAAACAUAAGGCAAAGGUACAUUUAGGCAACGCUAGGACAUAAAGGAAAUAGCACAACAUAUGAGGCAGCGAUGGAACAUUUCACCAUGGCAUUGAUGCUAGAGUUUCACGACUCCCUGCAGCUUCUAUGCAUGAGAUAUGAGGAGUGGUGUGCAAACCUCUUAAACCCCCUGGUGGCUACAGGUCGAUGGUGGGGCUGAAAACAAAUGCAGUAAGGUGAUCACAGGAAAUGACAGAGAAAAAUGAGUGGAGUUUUGCAGUUUGUUGUGCUUGUAUGCAGAUGACAGCUCAAUUUUCAGGGGAAAAAAAAUUGUGGUUUUGAAUAAAACAAUAACAUAUUUACCCAGGUUUGUUUUCAUACUGGUAGACUGUUUUCUUCUGUAAAAAGAUGUAAAAACUAAGAUAAUGUAAAGUAAAAUGUUUGGAAAU